AUGGGCAACACCCUUGAUAGUAAUAAAUCCAAGAACUUGUUUAAUUAUGAGAAUUAUAAAUAUAGAGGAAAAUUAAAUAAUAAUAAUCAACCACAUGGUAAAGGUAUUAUUUUAUAUAAUUCUGGCGAAUCCUUUUAUUGUUCUUUUAUAAAUGGCAAGAAAGAAGGAAAAGGUAUAUAUAUUGAUAAAAAUUUAACAAGAUAUAUAAAUAUUUGGAAGGAUGAUAAAGUCAUAGGUAAAGUAAAAGUUCUUCCUUAUAAUAGUAAUAGAGUCUAUUAUUUUUAUUACAAACAUGAUAUCAUUGAGAAAUGUAUAUAUUUUGAUAAUAUAAAUAAUAAAGAAUAUUAUCAUAAACAUAAUACUUAUACUAACUAUCUCCAUAAUAAUUCUCAUAAUCAUUCUUAUUCUGAUAAGGAAGAAAAAAGAAAUUAUUCAAUAGAACACACCAAUUAUAAAGAACAAUUAUAUAAUUAUAUUGAUACUACUCAUAUCAAGAAAAAAAAUAACAACAACAACAAAAACAACAACAAAAACAACAGCAAUAAUAAUAAUAAUAAUAAUUUUAGUAAUGAUAUUUUUAAUAAGAAUCAUAAUGAAUAUAAUAACUCUUCCUCAUCAAUAUCUUACAGUUCAGACUCAGGAAAUAUUAAUCUACUAGAUAUUUUAAAAAAAAAAAAAAAAAAAAAAUCACAAAUAUUAUUUUCUACACAACAUAAAAUAUAUCAUCAUAACACCAAUCAAUCAAAGUUUAUAAAAAACGAGAACCUAAAUAAUCAACGUAACAACAAAAUGAAUAUAUCCAUUUAUAAAAAAAAUGAAAGAAAAAAUAUUUUUAAAUAUUUUUCAAAUAAUAUAGAAAAUCUAAAUAUUGAAAAUUAUGAAGCGUGGUCUUUAAAAGAAGUAAUUCAAUGGCUCCUACUAUGCUAUGUACCCAUCAAAUGGAUAAUAAGUUUUUAUAAAAAUAAUAUAACAGGUGAUAAAUUAAAAUAUAUUAAUAUAAAUACUGUCAGAAAUGAAUUGGGAAUUAUCGCAUAUGGACAUGCAAUUAAAAUAUUACAAUUAAUAAAAAAUCUACAAGUUAUGGCAUAUAAUAAAAAAUUCAAUAACUUUAUUCAAAUAGAAGAAUAUAAAAAUUAUAUCAGACAAAAGGAUAACAUAACAAAAAAAAAAAAAAAAAAAAGUAAAGAAAAAAAAAAAAAAUCAAACAACAUGCAUAAAAAAUAUAUACAUUUAGCUAUUCAUGAGAAUGUUAAAAAUAUAAAAAAUGAUACCUUUCAAUAUAAUAAUGAUAAUAUUAAUAAUUGUAAGAAUCAACAAAAUUAUAUUCAACAAAAUGAUUAUGAAAAUAUAAAUAUCAUGAAUAAAAAGAAUCUAUCAUUUAAAUAUGAUAAUAAUGAAAAAAAAAAAAAAAUUAUUAAAUGUAAAAAAAAUAAAUCAUUGGAAAAUUCAAAUUGCCAAUAUGAUUUAAUAAAUGAUUUAUCAAAAGAUAUAUGUAGUGAUAGUAUAUUUUAUAAUUCAUCAUCACAAACAACAUCAUCAUUAUCUUCUCCUUUAUCUUUUAAUAACAACUUUUCCGAUUCAUCUUCUUGCAGCUCUUUAGAACGUUUACCCUCAUAUGAAAAAAAAUUAUUAUCUUCAUCACAAUCAAAUAUAGAACACAUAAAAAACCUUCCUUUAGAUAUCUUAAGUAAUAAUAAUAAUAAUAAUAAUUCGGAAAAUAUAAAAAUAAAAAGAAGCAAAUCAAAAUAUAACAAUGAUAAAAAAAAAAAAAAAAAGAAACAAUUCUCAUUCAUUGUGAAUAAAUCAAGUUCUGAAGUGUCAUCUUCUCAUUCAUACACUUCUGAAUCAUAUUGUUAUAAUAUUAAUCCAUCCUUACAGUCAUCAUAUAACAAUUCUUUAGUAUCUUCUUGUAGUAUGUCUUCCACAUGUCCUUCUUCCUCCUCAUAUAUUUCUUCAUUAUGUUCAAAUGCAAGUAAUGAUAUUGUGAAUUUUAAUAGAAAUAAAAUAAUUAAAUAUUGUAAUAAUAUAUAUAUGAACACAAAAUUAGCAUAUUCAUAUAUGAAUGGUUUUAUAAUUCCACAUGAAGAUUUAAUAUUUAUACACCCUAUCGAAAAUUAUUAUAUAGACAAUACAAAUGAAAUAUAUAAUAUAAAUAAUACUUAUAUUAAAGAUAAUAUUAUUAAUCAUAACUUCUCAUUUAAUAAUAAAAAAAAAAAAUCCUUUAUAGAUAUAAACACAAAUAUAUUUUCAACAAACAAAGAAACAAAUAUAAAUAAUUUUGUGAAAUAUAAAAAAAUGAAAAGUAGAAUGUUUAAAGGUAAAUAUAUGGGCAAAGAAGUAGCUAUAAAAAUAUUAGUUGGAAAAAUAAAAAAUUUUAAAAAACUACAUCAAAUUUUAUAUAAUCUAUACAACAUGAGACAUUCAAAUUUUGUUCUUAUAAUGGGAGUUUCUAUACAUUAUCCUUUUAUUUUUAUUAUUUAUGAAUAUAUGAAAAAUAAGUGUCUCUUCUCAUACUUACAUUGUAUUAAAUAUAAACAUGUAUAUAUAAGCACUUUCUUUCAAAAGUAUAAGACAUUGUUAUAUAAUACACAACAAGAGGAAAUUAAAAAAAUAAACAAAAAAAAGAACAAAAAGAACAAAAAGAACAAAAAGAAUAAAAAGAACAAAAAGAACAAAGAUUAUAAUAAUAGUAAUAAGGAGGAGGAAGAUACUAAUGAGGAUCAAAAUAAUAUUGAUAAUCAAGAUACAUUUUUAGAUUUAUCACAAGAAAGUAAUAUAUCAAGUGAUGAUGAUAACUCCACAGAUAUUAGUCAAAUACAAAAAGAAAAUUUUAAUUACUUAAAUAACAAAAUUGAAGAAAAUAAAAAUUUUAAUUAUCAUGAUAAUACAAGUACUCUUUCUGAUCAUAGUAUAAAUAAUAUGAAACAAAGUUAUUAUAAUGUAUAUAAAAAGAAAAUUAAUAUAUUUAAUUACGAACAUAAUGUAUUAUGUGGCGCAUACGAUAAUAAUGAUAAUAAUAUGAAUCAUGACAAUAUGUAUGAUAAUAAUAUGUAUGAUAAUAAUAUGUAUGAUAAUAAUAUGUAUGAUAAUAAUAUGCAUGAUAAUAAUAUGUAUGAUAAUAACAUUUAUGACCAUCAUAAAAACACAUCAAUAAAUUCAAAGCAACAAAAUAUUCAUCAAAACAUUCAUCAAAACAUUCAACAAGACACUGAACAGAAUAAUGAAUGUUCCAGUUAUGCCUCACAAAUAAAAUAUAAUAUAAAAAAAAGUAAUUUCAAAAAUAAUAUUAUAUCACAUAAAAAUAUUCAAAAAUGUAAUGAAAUACAAAUAAAUCAACCAUAUACAUUUCCGCCUUAUCAAAAAGAAUUAUCAUCAUAUUUAAAAAAUGAAAAAGCAAAAAUGAAAAGAAAAGUUCUAUUUAGUUAUUUAAAAACUCAUGCACAUUUUAAUUCACAACAAGUUAAUGACCAAAAUGAUCGUCUAAGUGUUCAAAAAAUCAUGAAAAUUAUAACAGAUGUGACUUUGGCUUGCACAUAUUUAGAAAAGGAAAAGAUGAGUCCUAUAAAUUUAAAGCCAACCAAUAUAUUACUUGACGAAUCUCUGAAUGCUAAAAUAUCCGACUUUGGCAUAUCACAAAUAGAAGAAUGUCUCGAUAUGAAUAUUGAUUAUUCCUAUAUAGUUUCAGCAAACAGUGUCAUAAAAAUUAAUAAGAAAGAAUAUGAACAAAAGAACGCGAAAAAAAUGAAAAUUGUCAAGAAAAAAAAUAAUGAUUUAUUAUAUUUAUAUGAUCAUAAUAAUAAUGUCUAUAAAUAUAAUACACAAUAUAUUGAUGUUUCCCCUGAUAGUUCUUAUCCAUCCAUUUUUUAUUGGACACCCCCAGAAAUAUUAAGGGGGAAAAAAAAUAAAAAAUUUUAUUCAGAUAUUUAUGCUUUCGGAAUCAUACUUUGGGAAAUGCUAUCUAAUGACAUACCAUUCAAUUAUCCCUUUGCCUCACACAUUAUGGCUGCAGUUGGAUAUGCUAAUGAAGAAUUAUCCUUUAACAAUAUCCCAGUGUCAAUACAAAGUUUGAUAAAAGCAUGUGUAAAUAGAAAUAGAUAUAAAAGACCUACAUUUGAACAUAUAUUAAAAACAAUAUCUACGUUAUAUCAAAAGGCAAAUACCAAAGUAGAGGAUGCAUUAAUUUCAUUUAUGGAUGGAACAUAA